CUGACAUCAUAAUGUCUGAAAUAAGAUUCAGCAAUCUUACAUGGGAUCAAGUUAUAAUAUUGAACCAAGUGCUAGAUGAGGUAAUUCCAAUUCAUGGAAGGGGGAAUUUCCCAACAUUGGAGGUAAAACCCAAAGAUAUCAUUCAUGUUGUGAAAGAUCAACUGAUAGAGCAAGGGAUUAUUGUUAAAGAUACCCGGUUGAAUGGGUCCACAGCGAGUUACAUACUUGCAAGUCACAAUGGAAUCAGCUAUAAGGAUCUGGAUGUUAUUUUUGGAGUUGAGUUACCAAAUGAUCAAGACUUUCAAGUUGUUAAAGAUACAGUUCUGGUUUGUCUACUUGACUUUUUACCAAAGGGUGUGAAAAAGGAAAAGAUAACUCUCAAGACCAUGAAAGAGGCAUAUGUGCAGAAGAUGGUCAAAGUUUGCAAUAAGCAUGAUCGUUGGAGUCUCAUUUCUCUUUCAAAUAACUCUGGGAAGAAUGUAGAAUUAAAAUUUGUGAAUUCACUCAGGCGGCAAUUUGAAUUUAGUGUUGAUUCUUUUCAAAUUGUUUUGGAUCCCAUGUUAAUCUUCUACAGUGACAAUGCUAAGCUAACUGAAGAAUCUUAUCCUGUUGUGGUAGCUGAAAGCAUGUAUGGAAACUUCCAAGAAUCAAUGAUGCAUUUAAAAUACAAGCUUAUAUCUACCAGAAAUCCUGAAGAGAUUAGAGGUGGUGGCCUUCUGAAGUACAGCAAUUUACUGGUUCGUGACUUUAAGCCAGCUUGUGAAGCAGAAAUUAAGACUCUGGAGCGUUAUAUGUGUUCUAGAUUCUUCAUUGAUUUUCCUGAUGUUGUAGAACAGCAAAAGAAGAUUGAAUCAUACCUUCACAACCAUUUCAUAGGUGAAGAAAAGAGCAAGUAUGACUACCUAAUGACCUUGCGUGGAGUUGUAAAUGAAAGCACCGUUUGCCUUAUGGGUCAUGAAAGAACACAGACACUCAAUAUGAUCACGCUUAUGGCUUUAAAAGUACUCGGAGAACAGAAUAUUCUACCCAAUACAGACCAUGUAACCUGUUUUUAUCAGCCUGCUCCAUAUUUUGCAGCGGAAGGAGGGUACCCUACUUAUUAUAUAGCAUCUGGACCACCACCUAUUUUUUUUCAGCCAUACCAUCCACUACACUUUAAUGUGCCAAAUGGGAUGGUAUAAAACACACACAUGCAACAGAAACUUUGCUUUAAUUACUUAAUAGCAAGUUUCCAAAUUCCACAUAAUUUAAGAUUGAGAUUAACUUUAUGCAGUUACUAACUUUUUUCCAUCAGUUAGGCUUAAGCCAUCAUAAUAAGUACAAUAUUGUCUAUGAACUGACAAGCUUAUUUGGUGUUAUCUACAAUAUUUCAUAUGUUGCAGAUCACUUAUAAUGAAUUUCAAAAAUUUUAGAAUACUUACAAUUUUAAGUUUACUGUGACAAAUACACUAGAGAAGACUGCAUCUUUAAGAUAUAGCAGGCUCAUUUUUUAAUAUAGGUACAGUAAAG